UAAAAAAUCGAUUUGUUGGUCUGAUCAACAACUGGAAAUUGUUUUCAAUUCCCAAAUUUAAAAGUCUCCAUCUUGGUUAUUUUGUUAUUUUCAAGUGAAAAUUGUAUUUAUUUUGUAAUUAAUAAAUUGUUUAAAUAUGCUUCAUGUCAUGAUUAAGGUGAAUUCAGUUUUCGAAGGAGCGAUCAAUGUAACUUACAUUGAGUCUAAUAGAGACUUUAACUAUUUGCUGGAACAUGUGAAAGAAUUGUUUUAUUUUGACAACCAACAGAGUUUCACAAUUAAAUUUAUUGAUGACGAAGGUGAUCCGUGUACAAUUUCAUCGGAAUUGGAAUACAAUGAGGCCAUUAGAUUAACUUUGGACACCGAUAAAGAGCCAGAAAUGACCUUACACAUUUUCUCGGGUGUUCCAGCGGCUCCUGGUCUACUUUGCCCCGGAGAAGACAAAAGUAUUUAUCGUCGUGGUGCUCGUCGCUGGAAGAAACUUUAUCACCUUAAUGGUCACACAUUUCAACCGAAGAGAUUCAACCGAAUCACUCCUUGUGUUUAUUGUGGUGAUCAAAUUUGGGGUUUAGGUCGACAAGGAUUCAAAUGUCUAAAAUGUAAACUUAUGGUACAUAAAAAAUGCCAUAAAUUACUUCAGAUGAACUGUACGGGUCAGUCUCCUACCAACAAUGGACCUUCCAGCCAAUCUGUUACACCGGAGCCUAAGCGAUCUUUUACCAGUAGAAAAGGAACUGGACGGUACGAAAAGAAAAGUAUUUUUCGGACACGAGAUUCUAGAGAUGACAAUGAAGCUUCAUUAGCUGAAGGCGAAGACAAUCAACGGCGAUCAGAUGAACUGGUGGUCGCUGAAAAUGGAGCUCGUCAUUAUUGUUUAGAUGAUUUUGAUCUUCUACGAGUUAUUGGUCGAGGUUCAUAUGCCAAAGUUUUAUUAGUUGAAUUGAGAGAGACCAAAAGACGAUACGCAAUGAAAGUAAUCAAGAAGGAGAUCGUUGCUGCUGAUGAAGAUAUGGACUGGGUUCAAGCGGAGAAACACAUUUUCGAAAUAGCCACUGGAUGUGAUUUUCUGGUCGGACUUCAUUCCUGCUUUCAAACACUUUCGAAAUUAUUUUUUGUCAUUGAAUUUGUUAGCGGAGGUGAUCUAAUGUUCCAUAUGCAACGUAAACGUAGAUUACCCGAAGAUCACGCAAGAUUUUACGCUGCUGAAAUUUCAUUGGCACUCAAUUAUCUGCAUGAAAAGUUCAUCAUCUAUCGAGAUCUUAAAUUGGAUAAUGUUUUACUUGACCAAUAUGGACACAUAAAGUUAACCGAUUACGGAAUGUGCAAAGAGGGUAUUCGACCUGGUGAAACGACAAGUACCUUCUGCGGUACACCAAAUUACAUCGCUCCUGAGAUAAUCCAAGGCUGCGAAUAUUCAUUCAGUAUUGAUUGGUGGGCGUUGGGUGUUCUCUUAUAUGAGAUGUUAAUCGGUCAAUCUCCUUUCACUGUUAGCAAUAAGGAAGGGGAGAGCAGUGAAGAUGCUCUAUUCAAUGAUAUAGUUACCACGACGAUUCGUAUUCCAAGGUCAAUCUCCGUGAAAGCGACAAAUAUCCUAAAAGGUUUUCUCGAUAAAAGUCCAAAGACACGAUUAGGAUGCGCUUCGGAUGGAAAAGGAUUUCUCGAUGUCAAAAGUCACCCGUUCUUCAAGCUAUUGGACUGGGAUCUUUUGGCCGAGAAACGGAUUCUUCCGCCCUAUGUACCUCAAAUGGAAGACGAUCCCUUGAAACAUUUCGAUCCGAGUUUCACAACGGAACCAAUUGAAUUAACUCCACCCGACAUGAAGAUCAUCGAUAAAAUUGAUCAAUCAGAAUUUGAUGGAUUCGAAUUUGUCAAUCCAGAAAUUAUGACGAUCGAGGAAGCAGUUUAAACGAAUCGUUUGGUUUAGUUUGUUAAUUAACUGAAAUCGUAUUAAAUAUUAUCAACGAGGGACAAAGUUAAUCCAGAGAAUGAUAAAAAAUAAUUUCCUCUCAUUCAAUAUAAUCUCCUGCUUAUCAUUACCUGUGUGUUAAUGAUAUAAUUGCGAGCUCAAAGUCUUUGACUGUUUAAACACAAUCGCAACAAAUUUAUAAAUAUUUUCAACAAUUUAAUUCCCACUAAAUUAUGAUAAACCUUUUCCA